GGAGAUUGGUUGAUGAUGGUGGGUAUAUAUAACAUUUGGUUGUGGUCCAUCAACAAUUCUCAUUUGAAAACAACAACAAUGAUUAAAAUUUUUCUGGUCACAAUUCUCAUCGUGAUCACCGUAACGGUUGAUGCACGAUUUCCACGCAGUCUUCAACCAAAAUGGGCAUAUCUUGAUUCAAAUGAAUUUUCUCGUUCAAAAAUUGGUGAUAGUCCUAUUGCCGGUGUUGUUGGUGGCCAAGAUGCCGAUUUAGCUGAAGCACCAUUUCAAAUUUCAUUAUUGAAAGAUUAUUUAAUAAUGAAAAGUCAUAUGUGCGGUGGUUCAUUGAUUUCAGAAUCAACCGUAGUCACAGCUGCUCAUUGUACUUAUGGACAAAAAGCAUCAUCACUUUCAGUUCGUUAUGGAACAAAUCAACGUACAUCAUCAAGUUAUGGUGAUCUUAAAGUAAAAACAAUCAUUCAACAUGAAUCAUAUGAUCCUGAUACCAUACAGAAUGAUAUAUCAUUAUUAAUAUUAUCAAAACCAGUAGUACCAAGUACAAAUGUUCAAAUGAUUGAAAUUGAAACCGAUGAUAUCGUUGAUGGCGAUAAAGUAACUAUUUAUGGUUGGGGCCUGACGGAUGGUAAUGGCAAAGAUCUGCCAGAUAAAUUACAAAAAGGUUCAAUGACUAUUGUUGGUAAUGAUCGUUGUAAUGAAAAAUGGGGCUCUAUCAAUGCUAUUCAUCCUGGUAUGAUUUGUGCAUUGGAUAAAACACAAUCAGGUUGUAAUGGCGAUUCUGGCGGUCCAUUAGUAUCGGCUAAUCGAAAAUUGACCGGUAUCGUAUCAUGGGGUCCAAGUAAAUGUCCACCUGGUGAAUAUAUGAGCGUCUUUACACGGCCAAAAUAUUAUCUAGACUGGAUCACUAAAAACAUUGUUUGAAUCGAUUCGAAAAUCGAAUUGAAUAUCGUCGUUUUAUUAUAUUAAUGACUUAAUUUAAAGUUAAAUUUAAAUAAAUGAAAAAAACUUCGAAUUUCCUUUUUCUUUCUAUAAAAAUUCGUGCUCUUUCGACUUUUAUCAAUAUUUUUAAUUU